CUUGAGUUUUCUCUCCACUUCUUCACGUAAUUUUUAUAAUUUUUUAUUUUCUUUUAUUCUGUUUACGCCCCAACUCUUUUUAAUACUAACGUAGUAAUAUUUCAUGUUGAUAUACCUCGCCAUCAUUAUCGUCACUACUACAUAUUGUUUUGAUUCUCAUACCACAUUCGCUUCUACUUUUCUGCCCGUGAACGUUGAAUACCCCAGCGAAGGGUUGAAAAUAUUAGUAGGCCCAAGAGCUGUAAGCGAGCAAGGGACUUUUUUUUGUCGGGUUCCAAGAUUGCUAGAAGAACGAUGCAAAUUGCUGUAGCCUAGUGCUAAAGCCUAGAUUCGGUAACAUCAUAAUCAUCAAGCACCGAACGACGCACUGCCACACACAUAGAGCAACUCAUCCCCGAAAUCCGACAUUCGAUCUUCUUUUACAAAUCCAAAUCCAAAAUUCAGAUCAAGAUCAUAAUCCAAUUAUCUUAUUAUUUUCCAACGGUUCAACCAUUCAUUUACUUGUAUCUAUAUCGGUUCUUUUCUUAGAUACGCAUCCUUCUAACCUAGGCAGAUCUGAUUUGUCCCACCUUAUCGCGCGUGUCCGCUCAAUUGCAGAGGUUGGUCAACUGGUUCGGCAAGACUGCCCGUCGACACUUUUUAGCACGAUGCGGCCUUAGUUGGUCCUGGAUCUUUCUUCCGCGUUCAGCCCUAGACAAUUGGACGAUAGCAAUAUUGGUGCUACCCGCCGAAAACGAACGAUGCUAAAUCAUACCUGGAGCUUCCUCUCCGGUAUUCCUACAUCCUAUUCGAGAUAUGCCGAUGUCGAGCUUGGUGGGAAUCAAUAUGUGUAUACGGAGGACAAGGCCUCGCAAGACAAGAUGAUAUCGUCGUCCACUUCUGCCCCGGCUAGACGACGACCUGGUGCCAACCCCUCGUCCCUCGUCAAUAUCUUGCUAGGCUCCUUGGCAGCGUGCACCUGGAUCCGUACCGCCUCCGCUGUGAGAAUACCCCAGUUCUCCAACUGUUUACCAGACAGUUAUAUAUAUUCCAACCAGGCGCCAGACGAAGUCCAGCUUCAAUGGAUUCCCAUGUUCGUCGAUGCCGAAUUCGAUACUACGAAUCCAACUCACAACUUACGGGUUACGGUCUGGGGAAAUGUGACAGGUCGUGCUGGUACUGAAGCGCUGCCAGCACCAGGUGAUCCGAGUUGGAAUGACCCUACCCAGGCACUCAAUGGAAAGAUACAGAAUGUGCCUGUCCCAAAUCCAUCCAGCGGGAAACGCAAGGUGACUACCUUACACACCAAAGUCGACGUCUUGACCUACGAGCCUUACGUUUUGAACUCGAACUUCUGCGACAGCCUCUUGAACGGGUCCUGUCCACUUGGUCCCGUGUUUGAGACCAGCACCAGGAAUUUAACCUUGCCUUACGAUUUACCCUCAUUCAACUUAUCGAAUGACUUCGAAUCGACUUAUUCAUUUACGUCAUUCGCUCCAACUUUCAUAAUCUGGUAUGGUGACGAUGCGAUGACCUCGAUCGGAUGUGUUUCCACAAUUAUCACCCCGGAUCUAGGCGGAAUUGCCUGGUCUUUGAAAUUUGUCCCCCUAUUCAUUCUAAUCUUGGUUGGAUUUGCUACGGGCUUCGCGGCAAUCUUCAGUCCCUGGGGCACUAGCGAUAUCUUCCAUUGGACGUCUAACUAUGGCAGGGACCCUGAUCUCUUGCGUCUGGUUACUCCAGGAUUUGGAGAUUGUCUUCAGUACAUCCAGUUCGUUGUCUUGACCGGCAGCCUGUCCCUGGAAUAUCCUGGCUUUUUUCAGCCUGUUAUUAGUCAGGGCUCUUGGUCCGCUUUGAUGUUCAAUCAAAGCUUCGUCUCCAAGGCCGAGCCCUGGCAGAGCCUCGUUGAUGGUUUAUACAUUACUAAUAGUACGUACGGUCUAGAGAACGUUGCGCAAUUAAAUGGCAUAGGUGAAGUCCAGGAUAUUUGGGCUGGUAUGAUAGUGUGGUUGCUCAUAAUCAUCGGCGCCGUGCUUUUCCUGAUACAGGCCGGCUUCGCUUUCCGCUGGAUUCUACGCCGUAUCAACCAUGUUCCCGAGGAAGACCUUCGAGCCAAGAACAUACCCUUCGCUGUGGGUACUGUUAUCCGCCUAGUCUUCAGCUAUUUUCUGCUUCCUGUCGUAACGCUCUCCGCCUUCCAACUAGUCGUCGCUGUACGCUCUACGGGCUCUGUCGUAGGACUGGCCGUUCUCACUCUAGCCGUCGUGAUUGGGUUUGGGAUAUGGCUUAUAUACCUCAUCACGUCCACGAAGCCGAGGUCACACCUCUUUGAUGAUUUACCAACUGUGCUUUUGUACGGGCCACUUUACAAUACAUACUCGGACGAGGCAGCUGCUUUCGCACUCAUUCCCAUCAUACUUACAAUCAUAAAAGGUAUUGCAAUCGGCGCCGUACAACCAUCAGGUACGGCGCAAGUAGUCAUACUGGCUGUGUGUGAAGUGAUUCAAAUGCUCACGAUUCAUGCGUUUCGGCCUUUUCAUUCGUCUACCUCGAUGAAUGCUUACCAUGCAGGGUUCUCGGUACUUCGUUUCGUGUCUGUCAUACUUAUGGUUGCGUUCACGCCAAGCUUAGGGGUUGCAGAGGGCCAGAAAGGCUGGAUCGGUUAUGCGAUCUUGCUAAUUCACGCUUGUGUUCUUGUCUUCGGCUUCUUCCUCAAUGCAUUACAAACCAUCAUUGAGGUUAUUGCACGUCUCUUGGGUGCCGGUGGUGACGAUAUUGACGGGCAGACCAGGGGCGGGUUGUCCAAGAUCUUCGGUGCCCGUCAACUCUCGAGACGUGUAGACCGACGUGGCGGCCCAUCCCGGCAAAGCCAACUCAGUAGCACCGCCAUGUUAGGCUCCGAGACAGUAAUCAAAAGAGGAUACGGUCGCGUGAGAAGCGAGUCUGCUGGUAGUAUGGGCAUCUUCAUCAACACUAAUCAGAGAAGCUCUAGCGCUUUGGAUGCUCGAAGCCUUGAUGCGUACUCGGUCCCAUUAGGUAACGGCGGUAAUUUCACCCCGACGACAGCUACCCCUGGAGAUACCAGCACUUUCUCCUUCCUCCCGUCCCCCGGUCAAGCUACUCGCCCUCAACCCACAGCAGACCCCUACUACCGUCCCCCGCGUGCUCGCCGUACGGAUAGUGAUGAUAUGGGCUCAUCGUCACCGAAUCGGACUCGCGGGUCCUUGGGCAGUGUCGACCUGUCAAACCACCGGCUCAGCCGACCUGGGGGGAUAGCUCCGGACGGAGAUGACGAAGGCCCUUCUGCCGGGAAGAUAAAUCCUGCCCCUACUCCUGCCCCAUACAUACCAGUCUUCGCGCCCCGGACAGAUUACGCAACCCGUGAGGUCGAUUUCUACUAUGGGGUGCGUGGCCCUGCUUUGAAUUCAGAAGGGCUUGGUCGCAAGUUGGGUACAGGACCGGCAGAUCCUACCAGUCCGGUAGCCACAGCCACGGGAUGGCUCAAGCGUCUCUUUGGCGGCAAGACUAAGGAAAAGGGCAAGGGAUUCGAAGUAGUCAGAAGUGCUAGGAUGCCCCCGGCGAUGAAGGCAAGAGGUGGAGAGUUCAGCGAUGAUCCUCCCGAAGGAAUCCCAGUGGCAAUGGGCGUACUACGAAAUGGACCGAUAGAAAGCGAUGAUGAAGACGACACGCCAAGAUCGAAGAGGACCAAACAAGUCAUUGAAGAUGGCGCUCAGGGAGAGUUGCUGAACGAGGAUAGUGAGGCUCAGUCAGAGGAGGAGGCGGGAGUGGAGUUUACAAGAGUUGCCAAUGAACCACCACUUCUUCCGGAUCUCGAUGCUGGCGAAAGUUUUAAAUUUCCUAGCAGGUUACCCUCCAAGGCGAGCAGGCAUCCGUCCCAGAGGACGGUGAGGACGUUGGCAGAGGCAUCUGAAGCAAUACCUGAGGUUCCUAGAAAGAGUUCAAAACGAAACUCUAGCGUAGAACCUUUGGGUCACCGACGACUCGAGUCGAUACCAUCUAGAGAGGUGGCGACACCGCAAACGAAUCCGGGCAGCGUACGAACGCUAGGGGCCGCUUCAGCGAGGUUACCAUUUGACCGAACCAACUCACAGAAAAGACUCUCAGUAUCCUCGGCGGGGGAAACAGAAGAUUCGGGCCAAACGCAUUUAGCGGAGGGUGAAGAGAGACCUACGAGUUAUGGCCACGUGCAUCAGCAUAAUAUCAGCAGAGUCGACCCUGAGCAAAGGAUGGACUUACUUGGCAGCACCGCUGAGGUAGUAAACGCAUCUAGGAAACCGAGUCCCAUCUCGUCAACGUCUCGGCAAUAAUAAAAUGCUCCUGAACGUAUGUCGGGGAGACGGAACGUUUCUGCUUAGUCACCUAUAUUUACGUGUUACGAAUUUUCUUUAAUCGGUGGAUGGAUACGAUGGGUGUAUAGAGUCAAGCCCCUUUCAGCAUAGGGUAUAAUUGGGAAACACAGCGAUGCGAUUUGAUAAAAGAUUUUGCGAUUGGGACUUUAGCAAGGCGUAAUAGGAUCUGAUCACUCACAAUAUGGGGUAGUGUCGUUUCGGCAAUCUUUGUUUAUGGUCGUGCAAGAGACAUUCGUGGUGAGAGCGAUGGCGUACAAAAAAGUGGUGUGGUACUUCGUACAGUAUAGGAAAAACGGUACUUGUCAGAGAAAGGGCGUGGGCGUGGGCGUAGGCGUAUAAUUGGCAUGUGGAGGGGCAGACGCCGAGAAAUGGAAGAGUGUAAGGUGAUAGUUAUAUACUACAUGCCUAGUACCUAGUACAUAUCCAUUAUGUUACCUACCUAUUAUAUGUAGGUACAGCCGAAUUAGAAAAAGAAAUAGUAACCUGCCUU